AUGUCUCUCCUAUCUCUCCCAUCCGAAUUGAUUCUCAUGGUUGCCCAGGGCCUCGAAUUCAACCGUGACAUCAAUUCCUUAACGCGCACAACCAAACUGUUAUACCCUCUCCUCAACGAGUUACUUCACCGCAAGAAUAUCACGUAUCCAAGAAAGAAAAACGAGUUGUCCUGGCAUGUCAACCUCUUGAGCGCAGAAUCCAUGCAGCAGUUCCUCAAGUACGGAGCCGAUGUCGACCAACGAGAUAUCAACGGCCUCACACCCCUUAUCAUCGCCGCCCGGCAGGGAGAACUAGAGGUGGCGAAGGUUCUUCUUGAGCAGAACGCCGAUAUCAACACAGUGGCUACAGGUGUUUCGGACUGGGCCGAGGGCACACCAUGGAUGAGAUUCAGUGGCCCGCCACUCGUAGCAGCGGCAGGAAAAGGUCAUUACGAGAUGGCAAAGUUGCUGCUCGAUCAUGGUGCCGAUGUGAAUCACAAACAGACAAAAAACUUCUUCACUUGUGCCCUUGAGGCUGCAAUAUUUUACCGUCGUGGUAAAACCGCUAGGCUCUUGCUAGAUCGCGGUGCGGAUGUUGAAACAUCCGGCCGUUUCCCCUCGCCGCUUGUUCUGGCCUCGAGAGUGGGCGAUACAAAAAUGGUCAUCUCGCUGCUCAUCAGGGGGGCAAACAUAGACUUCCAGCACCCGAAAUUUGGUACUGCGCUACAUAUAGCUGUCACUCAGAGCGGCGCAGGGAGAAUAAAGACUACCAAGGAAUUACUGAAAAGAGGCGCAAAUGUCAAUGCAACUCGUGCAGAUGGCCAUACAGCUCUUUCCCUUGUCCGCUCGUUGCCUAUCACUGCUUAUAGUCUUACAACUCGUUCCCUUGCCCGCACGUCUUCUAUCUCAAGGGACGUCGAAACUCUUCUCCUUCUGUUUGGAGCUGACCCCUCGAUCAAACCAAAACAGUCAUCCCGUUCGGUUACUGUUUGGGAUUACAUCAUUAAUACCUAG